AUGCACGAGCAUUCAGGAGGUUAUGGAGGUGGGAUGGGCAUCAACUCGACCUCCUUGUCGGACCUGCUGGCACCCACCAUCCGCGAGCGCAAGCCAUCGAAAAUGGGCUUGGAUGUCAUGGGCGGCUACCGCAGGGACUCCGCGGUGCACUUGGGCGACCUGCCCGGAGAUACUCCUGAAUGCUGCGAACCUCAUGAGCCCACGCCACACAACUCGAGUAUUGCAGGAGACAAUGUCGGCAUGGUGCGCGAGGAAAGUUGCUCCAACCUCUUCGAUGACCUGAUUCAAACAGAGGAUACGCAGCCCGACAAAUCGGAGUUUGAGGACAAGUAUGCGCUGGUGGGCAAUGGUCCCUUGGGCGAGGGAACCUUUGGAUUGGUCUGGAGGUGCACGCCCAAGGGGAAGUUGAAGGAAGUCCGAGAAGACAAGGAGUUUGCCGCCAAGAUCGUGCGGAAGGCGCCGAGUCGACUCGUGGCCGCCCAUGCGCUGUGCUCACGCGAUGCGAGGCGGAUCGCCGCUUCCGCCUUGGCCGAGAUCCAGGAGCGAGAGUUCCCUCGAUCGCCGGCGAUGCUUCUCUUCCCAGCGAGGUCCAGGAGAUUCUGGAAGAGCGUUCACGAGAAGUCUCCAGGCGAUUGGAGGCGCUCGGUGCAGUGGACCUUCCAGCAAAAAGCGAUGAGGCGCCAGCUCCUUCGCCGGCACCAGCGCCCAUGGACUUCCCCUCCUUCGCGCAGCCCAGGAUUCGUCAAGAACAAGUUGACUGGGAGGUGCCGCAGAUCAUUCUCGACCGCUUGGCUCAGGCCUGGUGCCCCAGACCCUGAAGCGGUGGAGAAGUGCGUGCAAAGCUCCAAGUUUGCCUGGUCUGGCUUCGUGGAUGCCGCGAAAGCUGCCUGGAUCGGUGGCACGCAGCUGCUGACGUAUGGGGAGCUUUUGCCCGCCGGCACUCAGAAGGCCUUGGCCGUCUGA